CUUUUGGUCCCUUUCUUAUCCGUACCCCCAAAAAAGUCAUUCAUUAGAAAAAUGGUAUAAAUACUCGUCCGUAUCAUAGUUCCUUCACGCUUUUCUUCUUAAUUCCAAUUUUCAGCUUCUCUUUUGUUGACUUGUAUAGUGCAUUUUAACAAGACAGCUACUAUCACUACUGGUACUACUACUACAACUACUAUUGAAACAACAACAACGAAACGAUAAUCAGAUCAGAUUACACGAUUAAAAUGAUGUUCAAGACUGCUUCUUUGUUGAUAUCUUGUCUCGUUGCUAUCACUAUGGUCAUGGCAGAUCAAAUACUUAUCUACGGCCCACCCAAGAAUGCUGUCUAUUCGCCCAACGACAUUGUCGAUAUCAGAUACACAGUGCGUGCGAUGGGUAUGACCAAAAUCUGGUCUGCAGCUGCUAAAUUGACACAGACAGAAUCCAACACCAUCAUUGAAUCCUUCCCCAAGGCAGAAUGGACAAGUGAAAAUAACGGUAAGUCCUCAGGCAAAAAGGCUACUGCACACAAAUCAUGGAUCGUUCCUGCGGAUAUUCCUGAAGGCAACUACACAUUGACGAUUGUUGGAAAAUCUACACAUCCAUGCUCCAAAAAUAACGACGGAAAAGCACCUUUUCAACCUUGCCAAGAGGAAGUGACAAGAGAACGAACCUUUUACAUUCAAAGCCGAUCUGCAGCUGCAAUAGAAGAAGAACAAUAGUUUCGCCAACAACAACAACAAUGGACCCGCAUUGUAUUCUUUUGUACAGAAUCACUGUUUAUUUAUCAUCCAUCAUUUUGUCUUAUUUAUACUGCUAUAUCGUUUCCUUACGCUCUUUACUUGCUUUUUUUUUUAUUAUUUACUUUAACGCUAAUAAACCUGUAAUUAACACAUCCCCUCCCCCCCCCUUUCUCUCUG